AAAAACUCUGUAUGUCUGGAGUUACAUAAGUUUACUCUGGAUAUUUAACACUUUUUACUGUGUAGACCCCAGACGCCGCCCGGAGGCUGCGUGACCUGCAGCGUGAGCUGAGUGGCUUGACCAGGGGCCUGCGUAACGCCACGACCCACAUCGCCCAGCUGGAGGAACGCCUCAGCCAGCUGCAGACCGACGCCAACGCCACCGCUAACGCCAGCCAGCCCUGCUCCAGCUACUGCCCUGCACACGCACCUGCACCAUUGACGAUGGUGACAGCACGCGACUGCUCCGACUACGCGGUGAUGGGCCGUCGCCAGGACGGCGUGUACCGCGUGAGCCCCGACCCGCGCCUGGGCGGCGCCGUGCCCGUGUGGUGCGACAUGGCCUCGCUCGGCGGCGGCUGGACGGUCAUCCAGCGACGCGCCAACGGCACGGAAAACUUCAACCGCAGCUGGGCUGACUACAAGAAAGGAUUCGGUGAGCUGGGCGGAGACCUGUGGCUGGGGCUGGAGCUGGUCCACUGGCUGACGCGCGGCCGUGACAUGGUGCUGCGCAUAGAGCUGCAGGACAGCAGGGGGCGCCGAGAAUACGCCAAGUACGAGCAGUUCUACGUGGCGGGCGAGCAGCUGCGCUACAAGCUGAGCGUGGGCGGCUACUCGGGCACGGCGGGCGACGCGCUGGCGUCCGGCGAGGGCGGCAGCGGAAGCGGAAGCUUCCGGCACGACCAGAUGUUCUUCAGCACGGCUGACCAGGACAACGACGCCUACACCAAGGGCAGCUGCGCCGCCUACUACGGCUCCGGCUGGUGGUUUAACGCCUGCAUGGCCGCCAACCUGAACGGCCGCCACUACCGCCAGCGCUACCGCGGCGUGCGCAACGGCAUCUUCUGGAGCACCUGGCCCAACGUCACCGGCACACACGAGCCUCCUCUCACGGGCUACAGGGACGCCUUCCGCUACGCCAAGAUGAUGAUCCGACCCAGGAACUACUCGCCCUAGAACCAGGAACUACUCGCCCUAG